AUGUCGAGACCCAAUAUGCCGACAGGAUCACGGGGUCUCACGCUUACUGAAGAGUUGGAGAAGCUCGAGCAGUCCAUAACAUUGACUCUGCAGGAGAUCGACCACAACUUCAGUCGAGCCCACCGCAUAGUCACCACGAGUAUCCUGCCUAUUGUCGAAGAGUACGCGAAACACUCAGCAGCAGUGUGGGAUGGUUCCAAGUUCUGGAAGCAGUUCUUUGAAGCAAGCGCCAAUGUCUCUCUCACCGGCUACGAGGAGGCUGAUCCCGACGAGUCUGCCGCUCACGAUGAAACCGCAACUACUGCAGAGCAUGAGGAGGACGGCAGCUACACCAGCCCGCAAGCCGGCGCCGAUGAGACCCUAACGCCAGCCAAACCCUCCGAAUAUGACGUCGGCGAUGAAGAAGACGAUACCGACCUCCUCUCCUCCCCCUCCGUCGCCCACGCCCACAGCACACCCCGCAUGCCUUCGACCACGACCAAAUCCAAGCACAGCGCCGCCCCACCAACCGCCACCUUCGCCGAAUAUCCCUCUCCCUACGAGGCCCUCAAGCGCGAGCUCCGCACCAGUGCCGCCGCCGACACCGCCUCCUCCCCACUCGCACCCUCCCCACCUACGCCCGCCAGACAAUCCCAAGCCCCUCGAGAAGCAGAGGCAGCAACCCCCGCGCGCGGUGGCGGUGCCCUCCCAGAUAUGACCAUGACCCCCGACGCGACCACCUCGCCCUUCGUCCCCGUCUCGACCGCGCGCCGCAACCCCGACCCGCUGCUGCACCGCAUGCUCGACAAAACCUUCCGCAUCGCCGCGACGCCGCACUCGACGCGGCAGACCCGGCGGCCUGGUUUCGUCCUCGGCUCAGCGGCGCGGCAAAAAGGGGUAGGACAGACGCCUGGCACGGUGAACCGCACGCGCCGCUGGACGCUCGACUCGUCGCCGGCGUCGUCGCCGGCAGUCGCGGCACCGCAGCUCAGGGCUGAGAUCUUUGGGAGUCCGCUGAAGGGGCCUAGGACGCCGGGGGUGAGUGUGCAGACGCCGAGGUAUAGGGGAAGGGAUGAUGGAGCGGGGGAGAGGAGUGUGGGGCCUGUGUGGGAUAGUGAAAGUGAUGGGGAAGAGGAGGAGGGCAUGUUUAGUCCGCCGAAGACAAUGCAGUUUCAUGUCCCGCAGAGUCGGUUGUUGCAGACGCCUGCACGGGAGGCAAGCAAACGUAUCGUGCAGGACCUGUUGCUCACGGCCGGCGCAGGCGAUACCACGGAUGAGCUGCAGACGGGCGAUGAAGACAGUCCGAGCGUGGUGCGGAGAAACGUUGAGCUCGAUGAUAGUUUCUAG